AUGUCAUAUAAUAAUCAAUAUAUACGACCCUCACAAGAAAUCUCAUUGAAAGAUGAUAUAUAUCUUUACUGGGCUUCGGGCAGUAUUCCUUGUUGGCGAGUACAAAUUGCUUUAAGUGAAAAACAAAUUAUCAAUUAUAAGCAUCAAAUGAUUUCAUUAGAUCAAAAUGAACAUAAAAUGAAACCGAUUAUCGAUGAAAAUCCACGAGGACAAAUACCUUCACUUAAAAUUGGAAAUAUUAUUUUAAAUGAAUCUUUAACAAUAUGUCUUUAUCUAGAAGAUUUAAUAAAAAACCAAGGAACUAAGUUUUUACCUGAUGAUUUGUACUUAAGAGCACAAGUAUUGCAAUGUACAUUUGAUUCACUUCGACUGCAAAAAUUUGGUAGUGAAAAUGUGAUCUAUUAUAUUUGGCAUACGCCAUCGGAACGACAUAAUAUUGAUUUAUUGAACAAACGUAAAGGGGUACUAGUAGAUGAAUUGAUUCGAUGGAACAAUAGAUUCAAACAACAAAAUCAAGAAAAUUUAUAUGCUGUGGGCAAUCAAUUUACACUAGCCGACAUCUUUCUUUUACCACAAUUAGCUUUUCUUGUUCAUUGUGGUUAUCCGAUUCAAUUACAUCAACAACUUGGUAAUAAAAAAAAAAUACGUCAAAAUCUUAAUAAGAAAUUGUUCAGAAAUUCCUACUAUAAACAUCUACGUGAUCGUCCAUCAGUUCAUCGAUCAUUUCCACCUCAUUGGUUAACAAAUACUUCCAACAUAUUAGCCGAUUGUUCCAAUCUUAUUCUAAAACAAUUAUAA